AUGAAUCGCACCCUCUCGUCACCAAAUUCUGGUGAAGCCGAUUUUAGCCGCCCUAAUUAUGCUGAGAAAUACGAUUCAAGUUUCGCAGCGCACUUUUCAACCCCCGGGUUCGUGCCCAUAUCUUAUUCUCAGCAUUAUCCCUAUGAAGUUGAUGUCAAGACUGAACGGCAAACUUUUGUUAACGAUGUACCUCUGAGACAUGAUUCUUCGAUCUCAACCUUCAAUGCGAUGGGCCCGCCGCAACUUAACGCCACACUUCCCACUUUCCAGUCAGAUGAGUGGUUUCAAGAGGAGUGUUUCGAAUCUUCGAGCCAGUUUUCCCAAGCCAAUACAGCCCUGGGGACCCCAAACAUUGGACAAUCUCAAGCCUCCUUACAAGCCAAUAUCCCCGUCGAUGACUAUGACCGGCCACUCUUGGAUCACUUUGUGGACAACGUCUUGCGUAUGAUUUUCCCAAUCCUGGAAGUCCACCAACGCGGUUCUGCACGGGCUAGAUCUGUGCUUCAGUCUCUUGAAACAAACAAGUCAUACUUCCACUGUUGUCUUAGCGUUGCUGCAAUUCACCUCAAGACAACAAGUAGAUUGAACGGUGAACAAAUUGACCACGAUAUUAUGCGCCAUCGCUAUGAAGCAAUUUCUGAAUUGUGCCAAGCACUGAACAAGGAUGCCGACCACGAGCAUAUUCUAGAUGCAACACUUGCCAUGAUCUUUUUCCAUUGUUCAGUUGGCGCGCCUGAUGAUUAUCUCCCGGAUAUUCCCUGGAAUGAUCAUUUCCAAGCCGUGUCAAACUUGGUUAACAAACUGGAUCUGACCAAUAAAGUGAUCAGCUGUGGUCCCAUGUACACAGUUCCCCCGUUCAGCAUGUCAUUGACAUCCUGGAUUGACAUUUUGGGCGCUACAAUGCUUGGUAAAACACCUCAGUUUGCACAUUCUUAUCGCUCCAAGCACCUGAGUGGAACAUCUUCUGGCCUCCGAGAGCUCAUGGGCUGCGAUGACCGUGUCAUGUAUCUCAUCUCUGAGAUCGCCUGUCUCGAAUCGCUCAAGAUAGAGGGUCGCAUUGACUCCAUCACUGUCUGCACACAUGUUUCCGCUUUGGGCAGUCAAUUGGAAUACACAGAAGAUGCCGAUUCAACAUAUAAAAGCCCCUACUCUCCAGGAACUGGAGCAAUUCGUCCAGAGACAUUGACUAAGACUAUGACUGCCAUCUUUCGGAUUGCCGCUCGAAUCUACCUAUGUAGCCUUAUUCCCGGUGCCGACCGCAAUCAGACCAGCACUGUCAACCUUGUCAACGCACUGACAGAGGCUAUGUCAUACAUUCCAGCAGGAGCAUUUGGGUUUGAUCGCUCGCUUGUUUGGCCAUUCCUCAUUGCCGGUGCCUUCUCUACUCCCUCCAGUCCAUUCAGACAGGCCCUGGAUGACCGAAUCACGGCCUUGGGAGAUCUGGCUGAUUUGGGAAGUAUCGGUCGCAUGUAUCAAUUACUGAAUGAGUACUGGCGGUUGACAGAUGAUCCCGUCGGUUCAGCUUUCCCUUCGGGAGAGGCCGAGCUUGAGACAGGAUAUCAAUCCAUGGAGGCAAGGCCGGAUUCUGUCCCAUCUGCUCCCCUCUUGUCUCCUGGAAUGCGGGAAAUCAAGAGGCAACAUGUUCACUGGCGAGAUGUGAUGAACAGAAACGGCUGGCGCUACCUUCUCAUUUAA